UAAAAUUUGCUGAGUGGGCCGAAGUUUUAAAGCAAAGUGCUUGGUCAAGAGUUUUCCUUGGAUUGGAAGAGUGCCUAUAUAGUUCACUUGGAAUGAAGUUACGUUGGGGAAUCUGUUCAGCAGGGAAGAUCUGCAAUGAUUUUGUGUCGGCUCUGAGUUCACUGCCUUCUGAAGACCAUACGGUGGUGGCAAUUGCUUCAAGAUCAAAAGAGAAGGCUGAGACAUUUGCAGAAGAACACAAGAUUCCUGUGUCAUAUGAGGGUUAUGAAGCCUUGGCUCAAGACGCUAGUGUUGAUAUUGUGUACAUCGGUUCAUUGAAUCAUACCCAUCUGCCUUUAUGCAAACUAUUCCUGAGCCAUAACAAGAAUGUGCUGUGUGAGAAACCACUUGGGCUCAAUCCAAGAGAAGUUCAAGAAAUGAUUAGUCUCGCUAAGGAAAAGGAUGUCUUCUUCAUGGAGGGCUGGUGGACUCGUUUCUUUCCUGUAAGUGUGAAGUUGCGAGAGAUUCUAGCCGAGGGUCGCAUUGGUGAAGUCAAAACUAUUAAUGCAUCCUUUGGAUUUCCUUGUUCUGGGGUUGAAAGGCUUCUUAAUAAGGAGGGUGGUGGAGGUGCUUUGUUAGACCUUGGUGUUUAUUGCGUUCAGAUGGCCAUCAUGGUAUGCGGGGGUCAAGAACCAACUUCCUACGCUACCAAAGGCUUCCUCCUAAACUCAGGUGUUGAUGACACAUCGGUUACUGUUAUUACGUUUCCAAACAACGCAAUUGCAACACUGACAUGUAGCCUUUCAGCUCAACUUCAAAAUAAUCUGGAGAUUAGAGGGACUAAAGGUCAUAUCAAGGUUCCUGCGCCAUUCUGGUCCCCAACAAAACUUGAAGUUUCACUCCCAGAAUGUAAAGAUGCCUCAUCCAAUGUGGAGCAAAGAACUGAGAUUAUUGAGUAUCCACUUCCUGAAAGUGACAAGAAGUUCAACUUUGUGAAUAGUGUUGGGCUCCGAUACGAAGCUGAAUGUGUACGCCAAUGUCUUAUGAAAGGUCACAAAGAAUGUCCGAUCAUCAGUCACAAGGAGAGUCUCUUAGUGGCUGAGAUUCUUACUAAAGCUCGUCAUGAUCUUGGAUAUCAUCUAGCUGAAGAUAAGGAGUAACAAUUGUUACCACUUUUAAAUAGAUGUUAAAUUUGCAUCGGGAUAAAGAAUAUUAAUUUUUGGUUUUUACCCAUAUACACCGAU